AUGAAUAGUGCCUGGCUUAUAGGACAUGUUCAACUAGCAUUAAGUGGGAGUUAUAGUGAUGGUGUUAAUGCUCUGACACCAUUUGAAAUGAACAAUCAAACAGAUGUAACAGAAUUCAUCUUCUUGGGAUUUUCCAACCACCCCAAUCUACAAGGUUUGUUUUUCCUGGUUUUCUCGAUCAUUUACCUGACAACACUUGCGGGGAACAUGCUCAUAAUAACAGCCACUAGAAUCAGUCUUGCUCUCCACACUCCAAUGUAUUAUUUCCUCAGCAACCUGAGUUUCUUAGACAUCUGCUAUACAUCCACCACCAUUCCAGUCAUGCUGGUGAACUUCUUCCGGGAGAAGAAGACCAUUUCAUAUGAGGGCUGCCUUUCCCAGAUUUUCUUCCUCGUGACAUGUGCUGGCACUGAGGGUGUCUUAUUGGCGGCUAUGGCAUAUGACCGCUGUGUGGCCAUUUGCCACCCUCUUCAAUAUCCAGUCCUCAUGAGUGUGAAGGUCUGUGUUUUUUUGGUGACUGGGUCCUGGCUGUGUGGGCUGGUGAAUUCUGUGACACACACGGUACUGGCAGCCACACUCACGCUCUGUGGACCCAACCAAAUCAGCCACUUUCUCUGUGACAUUCCACUGCUCCUGAAGCUCUCCUGCUCAGACACCUCUCUGAAUGAAUCUGUGCUCCAUGUGGCCAGUGCCACCAUUGGCCUGAGUCCCUGCCUGUUUACUGGAGUGUCCUACAUACUCAUCAUCUCUGCCAUUCUUAGGAUUCCCUCUGCUCAGGGUAGGAGCAAGGCCUUCUCUACCUGUGCAUCCCACCUUACUGUGGUAGUGGUCUUCUUUGGAGCGGCCAAUUUCAAUUAUGACAGAACCAGCAUAGGCUACAACCUGGACAUGGAUAUCCUGAUUUCUGUGUUCUUCUGUGUUAUAACACCUAUGUUGAACCCCAUCAUAUAUAGCCUGAGAAACAAGGAGGUCAAGAGUGCCCUGAGGAAGUUAACUAGGGAAUGUGGGCUCUCUAAUGAGAUCAACAAUUAGAUGUUUUCAUUCUGAAAAAUUCCUUACAUAAUAAAAACAUGGGCCUUUUAGCUGAAUUAUAACAGUGGUGUCUACAUAGGAUCUUCUGACAACUGUAAUGCUCCAUUCCACCAGGACAACAAGCUACACCUAUGCCAAGCAUUUCACACAUUGUGAUCUAAAAUUUCCUGUGUUCUCCAAUCCACUGAUAUGAG